UAUUCCAUCUAUUUUUCCUUUCGCCCAAAACACAACGCAACACACUUCCAUCCAUCGCCCAACGAAACCCACACCCUCGUCUCUCGUGUCUCGUCCCUCUCCUCACCACGUCCGGGCCGCCCUGCCCUGCCCUUCUCGCCGCCGCCGCCGCCGGGGUCUGAGGCCGCGGCGGAGGAGCGGGAGUUGAGGCGGGCCGCGCGUGCGUCGCGUCGAGACGUCGUCGUCCGCCGCCGCCAUGGUGAUCUCGGCCGAGCCGCAGCGGCAGCCCUCGGAUCCCGUCGUCGCGGGAGGCGGCGGGGCGGGCGCGGCCGCAGCGGAGGAAGGGGGUGCGGCGAGAGCUCGUCUGGCGCCGCUGUCGUCGUCGCUCAAGACGUGGGGGAGCCACCGCGUGCUGCGGUGCGCGCCCGUCAACCGCGCCGGCGACGCCCUCUCCCCCGCCGCUUCCCGGCGCUCCUCCCCCGAGGAGCUCGGCGAGGUCAGGGAGAAGCUUCUGCUCAGCCUCCGCGACGUGGCGGCGCAGGGCCAUGGCGGCGGCAGCGGCAGCAGCACGGCCGCCGCCGCCGCGGACGCGGAGGCCUUGUCCGUCGAGGCGGAGGCGCCGCCGCCGCCGUGGAAGCUGCGCACCCGAAGACGGCGCCCGGCCAUGGCGCCCGCCGCCGCGGCCGCGAGCGCGUCGCCGUCGUCCGGGCGGAGGGCGGUCCGCGCCGACGCGCUCGACCGGCCGCGGUUCUCCGCGACGCUCACCGCCGACGAGAUCGAGGAGGACGUCUACGCCCUGACCGGCGCACGCCCGCGCCGCCGCCCUCGCCGCCGGCCCCGCGCCGUGCAGAAGCAGCUCGAUUCGCUACUCCCCGGCGCGUGGUUAUCGGAGAUCACCGUGGAUUCCUACCGGGUGCCGGACGAGCGGUGAGCAGACUCCGCCCAACAAUCGCCGCCCAGCCCAGGCGCCGCCGUCGACUAGUAAGCAAGCAAAGCAAAAUUCAGCGAUCCCAAUUGGAUUGCUCAUUGCUACAUCUCUAUUCUCUGUUAUUAUCAGCUCGUAUAAUGAGAUCAAAUAGAUUUGGUAUUAUUGGCACUAGUGAACUUGUCGUAGUAGUAAGCAAUGCUUAGUCUAGUGAGCUGAGUACUCUGUAGUCUGUAGUCAGAGGUUCGGUUCUGUGUCAGUGAAGGACGUAGCGAAGUACUUCUCGUAAGUGAGUGUGCAUUGUCCUUUGAUGGUCCAGUACAUUUGUUAUUUAACAUCUGAAUUGCAGUUCCAAUGCUUAUGCUUAAUUACCUUA